AUGGACGAGUUGACAUGCGGGCGUCCCGUUAAAGAGCCUCAAGUGGAACAAGCAGCAAACGAGACAAACAUCAAAGAGGAGAAAACAGAAGACACGGGAUGGCAACAGGAGGAACAGGAGGGCGUAAGAGAAACCAAGGGGGUUGAUAAUCAAAAUCUUGUUAUUAACCCCCUUGGAGAAACGUAUAGUGAAGAUCAGGAAACGUACGGCGUAAACCUCAGACUAACCUGUUAUCCUUUUAACGUAACUCACACCGGUGGGGAGCAGACAGCAGGCACAGGACGGCAGCAGGACGUUCUGACCGAAGAAACGUGUGAGGUGGAACUGCCAACUGAAUGUCUUAGGAAUGAGGUGCACAUUAAAGAGGAGAAAGAAGACUCGGAAUGGCAGCAGGGCGAUGAUUUCAAGGUAAACCAUACAGGGUCAGACCAAGAAGUCUCGCCACAGACAACUUUACAGGGCAGCACAAUACAGGAGGGCAGCACAAUACAGGAGGGCAGUCAUGUGGCAGAACAUACAUUCAUUUGUUGGAAGUGCGGCUACCGAGCAGCAGAAAGAAGUCUCAUGUUCAAGCAUAUGAGACAACAUAGCGGUGGGAAACCCUACAAAUGUGACCAGUGUGACUAUUCUGCUGCACAGAAAUCUCAAGUGGACGACCACGUCCUGAGAAAACAUACCGGUGAGAAGCCGCACAUGUGUGGGGAGUGUGGAUUCAGAACGGCCCAUAAAGCUUACCUCACCAUGCAUAUGAGACAACAUACCGGUGACAAACCUUAUAAAUGUGACCAGUGCGACUAUUGUACAGCUGUUAGAAGCAACCUCAAAAGUCAUAAGGCUAAACACACCGGUGAGAAACCCUACAGGUGUGGCGAGUGCGGAUAUAGGACUGCUUUUAAGUCGGGUCUAUCCCGGCAUUUAAAAACGCAUACAGGUGCAAAACCUUUCAAAUGCGACCAGUGCGACUAUUCUGCUGCACAGAAAGGCCGUUUAGACGAACACGUCAUAACAAAACACACCGACGAGAAACCCCACAUAUGUGAGGAGUGUGGGUACAGGACGGCUUUUAGUGCCGCCUUGUCCCGACAUAAGAAGACCCACCUAAUUGAGAAACAAAACAAAUGUGACCAGUGCGACAGUUCUGUUGCACAUGCAACGAACCUAGAAUGUCAACACUGUAAAAACACAGGUGAAUACCCCUACUUGUAUGAACAUUUCGGAUUUGAUAGACAACAGCGAUCCCAACAAAAGACAACAUCGAAAGAGGAGAAGAGGUCUUUUAAGUGUGACCAGUGUGACUACUCUGCUCCAGGUAGACGUGAUUUAGACCAACAUGUGAUGAUUAAACAUACCGGUGAGAAACCCUACGCGUGCACAGACUGUGCAUAUAGAACGGCUGUUAAGUCCCACCUAUCCCGGCACAUGAAAACACACACAGGUGAAAAACCCUACAAAUGUGACCGAUGUGACUACUCUGCUGCACAGAAAGGCCAUUUGGACAAACAUGUCAUGAUAAAACAUACCGGUGAGAAACCCUACAUGUGUGGGGAAUGUGGGUACAGGACGGCUGACAGGUCUGCUUUAUCCCAACAUAAGAGAACACACACGGGAGAGAAACCCUACAUGUGUGAGGAGUGCGGAUACAGGACUGGUAAAAGUUGGAACCUAACACUACAUAAGAGAAAACAUACGGGUGAAAAAACUUACAAAUCUGAUCAAUUUGACUAUUAUGGUGCACAGAAGUCUGACGUAGAGCAACACUUCCUUGUAAAACACAACAAUGAGUAACUCUACAUGUGUAAAGGACCUACUAAAUGUUUGAACCUAUAUCGAAAAAAGAACUAGAAAGGUAAUAUUUGCAAACAAAUGUAUUAUGUGUACCUUU